AGAAGAGUGUGGUGGAGAGGUUGAGUGAGAGGAAGGUGGUGAGGUGGAAGGGGGAGUGGAGUUGGGUUGCGGCGUUCUUUUGCUGGGUUUUGUGAGUUGGAUAUCUUUACUUUGUCUGGGUUCUUGGACGGAGAGAUGUAGGGGGCUGAGCGUUGGGGAAACUGGGAACUUAUGUGUGAAACUGUGUUUGGAACAGGAGGGAAUUGCAAUUGGACUUGGGAUCUGAAAGGCAGUUGAAUUUGGCUAAUGCAGAAAUCGCAGCUUCGUCCACGCAUCAGGAAUCUACUUCUUCACCAAAGGGUUCCUCCUCACCCGCCUCGUCCUCGAAGAGAAAUCCAGCUGUUCUUCGCCCCCAAUCGCCAUCCACAACUCCUUCAAAGGGUCAGGAACUCCCGAAGCAGGCUGCUGGCAUCCUAAAACCUUCGAGAAAGCAGUUGUCAUUGUAAUUGAUGCUCUACGCUACGAUUUCACCAUCCCGUUCGCCAAUUCCACAGAAACAGGUCCCGCGCAAGCUUUCCAUAAUUCGUUACCGUUCUUGUAUGAGACUGCUGUUAAGGAGCCGCAAAAUGCGUUCCUACUGCCGUUUAUUGCGGAUCCGCCGACUACCACGUUGGUCAGGGUUAAAGGGUUGACGACAGGGACGCUACCGACUUUCGUGGAGAUGGGAUCGAAUUUUGGAGGGGAGGCUAUCACAGAGGAUAAUUUGCUCAUGCAGUUGAAGAAUGCGGGCAGGAGGAUUGUACAUCUGGGAGAUGAUACGUGGACGGCUCUUUUCCCCGGGUUUUUCGAGGAGGCGAUCAGUAGAGCGUAUCCGAGCUUUGAUGUCUGGGAUUUGCACACGCUUGACAAUGGUGUGAAUGAGCAUAUCAUGCCUCUACUUGGGAAGGAGAAGAAGGGCGAUUGGGAUGUUAUGAUUGCCCAUUAUCUUGGUGUGGAUCAUGCGGGUCAUCGGUAUGGUCCUAAUCAUCCAGCUAUGACUGCAAAGCUGGCUCAGAUGGAUGGAGUGCUGAGAGAGGUUGUGCAAAGAUUGGAUGACGAUACACUACUGGUGGUUAUGGGGGAUCAUGGGAUGGAUGGGAAGGGUGAUCAUGGUGGGGAGAGCGAUGACGAGGUUCAGGCUGCGUUGUGGAUGUAUUCCAAGAAAGGGAUCUUCGGACGUACUGAUCCUGCAUUUGUCACGCCUCCCGAGACCGCAAGAUCUAGGCCGGUGAAUCAGAUUGAUCUGGUGCCGACACUAGCUCUGUUACUGGGACUACCAAUCCCCUUCAGCAAUCUGGGCAAGCCUAUUGAAGAGGCUUUUGCAGGCAGGAAAGGUAAUGCUUGGAAGAAUCUUGCAGCUGUCGCGAGAAUGACGGCUGCUGGUAUCAAAAGAUAUCAAGCUGCAUACUGGCAAGCUCGAGGUAUCGACGAAAGCACUCUUGAAGGGUCGCCGCAUACCCUAUGGGAAACUGCCGAGACUGCUCUCGCUGGAACAGGCAAACAGCAGUGGAAAGAAGGCUAUGAGGCAUUUUCUGCUUUUCAAGCUGAGACUUUGAGGAUAUGCCGAAGCCUGUGGGCUCGAUUUGACGUCCCUAGCAUGGGGCUCGGUAUCGCCAUCUUGGCAGGUGGUGUUGUGGCUUUGAUUCUCUUUGCGAAUAGCAACUCGGACGAUGGGGAUGCAGUUGAUGAUCCAGAAUUGGAUCGGAAGGAGUUACAGCUGGAGCUUGACACUUUUGCUAAGGAUUCAACUUUCAACGCUGACGACGAGACUAGUAGUCGAUCUCUCGUGCGUGGCGCUUUGCUGGGAACGCUUCUUGGAGGUGCUGGCGGACCAGCAAUCUUCCUUUCCGUCAAGCCGGAAUCACUACCCAAUUUUGUCCUUGGCGUCUGUGCUGUCUCCGGUCUCGUUGGGGUUCUGUAUCAAGAGAUGAGGAGAAGGAUGGCUUUUGCUAGUCCUUUUCCGACCACUUUCUGGGGCUGGCUUGCUGUUGUGUUUACAGUCAGUCAGUCGAUUGGAUUUGCUUCAAACUCUUACACGAUCUGGGAGGAUUGUAUUCUGCUGUUCUUCAUCUCGACGUUUGGAGUUGCAGCAGCUGUGUCUUCUCUCCGCAUAGAGAAUGUGCCGGAUAGAACACUUGCGGUAUAUCAUUCUGUGCUUUUUGUUGCCUUGGGAUGGGUGGCGUCAUUCUCUAAGCUUUGCAGAGAGGAGCAGAUGCCGUUUUGCAGAUCGACUUACUAUGCCUCGUCGACAUCUUCCACAUCUGCGCCAUGGCAACUGGCUAUUCCUUUUCUCAUUGCUGUAAUCCUGCCCUCUAUCAUCAAGUCCUACUACACUGGUAGCCGAUCCUUUGAGGGCUUCGCACCAGCUUGGAUAAGCUGGGUGUUCCGAGGGCUCCUCAUUCUCAGUGCCCUAUUCUGGACACUUGACGCUGCCGACGAUGGCGAAUGGCUCUCGUCCUACGUCCCAGAGGGAAGACUCAAGUCCAUCCGAGUUCCAAUUGCUCAAACCAUCUUUGCCAUAGCUCUCGGCGUAGGCUGCCCGGCCUUUGUCUAUGCACCACCCUGCGUAUCAAUCAGCACAACCGCCGCUCCUUCGUCCCCUAACGCACAAAUGACCAAUAGUUCCGGCGCAACAGUCACGAUCCUCGGCUUUGCCAACACCCAUGGAACACGCUACUGCCUCCUUGUCAUCAACUUCCUACUCAUCCUCCUGCUCGUGCAGAAGCCCAUGGGCGCUGGCGCACUCAGUCUCAUGGCCUGGCAAAUACUCUCCCUAGUCGAGAUCCUCGACCUCAACGCCCUAACCAGCUCCCCCAUCGGCCCCGUCAUGCUCGCCCUCCUCGGCUCCUUCCACUUCUUCAAGACCGGACACCAAGCAACUCUCUCUUCUAUCCAAUGGGAAUCGGCGUUCAUCCCACUCCACUCCCUCGUCUACCCAUACUCACCCAUCCUUGUCGGUCUGAACACCUAUGGCGCGCAGAUCCUCGCCGUUAUCGCCGUUCCGCUCGUGGUUCUAUGGAAGCAGAAGCCUCGCAAGACGGGGAUACUACGAAGUGUGGUAUCGGCUUUAGCGUGGCAUCUUGCGUAUUAUGCUGUUAUUGGGCUGGCGACUACGAUGUGGGCGGGGCAUCUGAGGAGACAUCUUAUGCUGUAUAGGAUCUUUAGCCCGAAAUUUAUGAGUGCGGCGUUUGUGCUACUUAUUGUUGACGUGGUGGGUGUGCUGGUAGCGUUGGUUGGUGUGAGGAUCAAUACUGUGGGUGUGGCAGAGGUUUUUGGGUGGGGACAAGGAUGAUGUGUAAAGAUAUAUAGAGAAUGACGAUCAGUCUGGCAACUUGGACUUGAACGAAACAUUUAGGAGAGGGAGGAUGAGGGAGGAAGAUUUUUUUACGGUCUUGUACAUUUUCGUUGUGUCUUGGAUUUGGCUUGGGUUGUAUAUAAACAACAUUGCAUGGAUUGGCGAUGCAUAGCGAAGGGUCUAGGAAUUUCAAAAUAUAUGCCAUUUUGUU